AAAAACAGGACACCAGCGGCCAUCGGACCAAUGUUUACCGAGCAGGCAUAGCGUGGUGGUGAGGAAAGUGACAGUCACACUGGAGGCUUGGUGUAUGGUGAAACACAGGUGAUUUCAGCUUCCACGGUUGCAUUGUACAGCGGAAUGUUCACUCGAAGGGGGCAUGGAGACGUCAAGAAAUCUACACAGAAAGUUCUGGACCCAAAGAAGGAUGUACUGACCCGGCUCAAACACCUCCGGUCACUGUUAGAUUUCAUCGACAAGAGUGAAUUGAAGGCGUUCUUUGAGAGCAAUUGUUCUCAGAUUUAUUUUAUCUUCUAUGAAAAUUUCAUUACACUGGAAAGCAACUUAAAACAAAAAGGGAACAAAUCUCAAAGGGAGGAGCUGGACUCUAUCCUCUUUAUUUUUGAAAAAAUUCUACAACAUCUCCCUGAGAAAAUCUACAACCGAUGGCAGUUUCACAGUAUAGGUUCUAUUCUGAAAAAGCUUCUACACACUGGAAAUUCUUUCAAGAUCCGCUGUGAGGGGAUCCGUCUCUUCCUGCUGUGGCUGCAGGCCCUGAGGGACAAUUGUGCUGAGGAGCAGUUCCUUAUCUUUGCCUGUCUGGUGCCAGGAUUCCCUGCUGUGCCCUCCACUAGAGGGCCCUGCACCCUCGACACCAUCAUUUACAACCCCUUCUCCAACCCCCCUGAUGCCAAGGUGGUGCCUGAAGAGAUUACCCCACUGGUCCCAGCUGUGGUAGGAGAAAAGGUAGCAGAUGACCAGACAUGCUACAUCCUCGAAACCCUGCUCAAGUACAUGGUCAUCCAGGCAUCCAGUUUAGAAUGGAAGAACAAAGAGAACCAGGAUACAGGCUUCAGGUUUCUCUUCAGUCUUUUCAAGAAGUACUACCUUCCACAUCUAUUCCCCUCCUUCACCAAGCUUACAAAUCUCUACAAGCCUUUAUUAGACCUACCCCACCACAGACCAAAACCCCUGUAUGUGCCAGUGACACGGAACAAUGAGAGCACCUUCUGCACCAGGGACCAGUACCUGGCACCCCGUGUGGCCUUCAUCACCUGGCUGGUCACCUUCUUCCUGGAGAAGAAGUAUGUCAGCAGUGCUGCCGUGGCGCAGAGCGCCAAGAACGGCACUGAGGUCAUUCCCAAACUCAUCCAGACUGUCACUGCAGGCAGUAGCAGCCAGGAGAAGGAGAAGGAGAAGGAGAAGGAUAAGACAUCAGAUGGUGAUACGAACGGGCCAGGAGGGGAGCCUGAGAAGAGCCACUCCAACAGCAGCACACUGUCAGAUCGACGGCCCAGUGAUUCCAGUUUGUGUAGCAUUGAGGAGGAGCACCGCUAUGUUUAUGACAUGGUGCACGCCAUCCUGCUGUCCACCAGGGACAAUGUGAAUUUUGUCAACGAGGUCUUCCACCAGGCCUUCCUGCUGCCAUCCUGCGAGGCAUCGGCAACCAGAAAGGUGAUCAAAGUGUACAGGAAGUGGAUUCUGCAGGAGAAGCCUGGCUUCAUGACAGAGCCAGACACAGCUACCCAGGGAGAUGAAGUGGAUGACUCUGAGCAGACACUCACCACAGAGACUAACAGCAUGCACGCACAGACGUCACAGAGUCAUGGCCACAGACGGACGUCCAGCUGGGGGAGGACUUACUCAUUCAGCAGUGCCAUCAAUCGGGGCUUUCUCACUGAAGAGCAGAACAGGGAUGUAAAGGCUGGUAUCCAGUCCACACUACAGGUGUUCCUGACUAACUCCUCCAAUGUGUUCCUGUUGGAGCCGUGCCAGGAUGUACCUAAACUCCUAGAUAACCAGGUUGAGGUGUGCAAGGGUGUUCUCAGCAUUUACAGGCACAUGAUCAUGGAGCACACGAUGAAUACGCAGACAUGGGAGCAGAUGCUGCAGGUACUGCUGAGGAUCACGGAGGCAGUGAUGAAGAGACCACAGGAAAACCAAAGAAAAGACAGCUUUGCUGAAAGUUUAGCAUCUAUACUUUUUAGGACCAUCAUCGUGGCAUGGGUGCGAGCCAACCUGUGUGUAUUUAUCUCCCGGGAGCUAUGGGACGAGCUGCUGGCAGUGCUGUCCUCUCUUACCUGCUGGGAGGAGCUGGUGACAGAGUGGGCCAGCAUCAUGGACUCGCUAACGGCUGUGCUGGCACGCUCUGUCUAUGGCCUGGACAUGUCCAACCUGCCUCUGGACAAACUCAGCGAACAGAAGGAGAAGAAGCAGAGAGGACGUGGAGUGAUCCAGGACUCCCAGAAGGCGGCAGCAGUGGCACGUUCCUUCUCACUGAGCUGGAGGAACCAAGGGGAGCAGGGUGGGCCAGGGGUUCAGGAGCCCAUGAGGAUACGCUCUGCCACUACAUCAGGAGCUCCUGGUGUAGAGAAAGCCCGUAACAACGUCCGACAGAAGGCUUCCGCUAAGCGAAGCCAGUCCAUCAGCAACUGUGUUCAUCUAUACGAGGCUUUGCCCACUACUAAAAGCGUUCCUAUGCUGCUCCACACUGUGAGCUCUUUCUUGCCUGGUAUCUCUUCUGGUAACUCUGCUUGCUCUCACAGACUCUCAGACGUGGAGGAGUGUCAGCUGUCAGAAUGUGGGGGGGAGGAGGAGCUGGGAGGAGGGGAGAGCCCUCUGCCACGUAGCAGCAGCACCUCAGACAUCACCCAACAGCUGUCUGAAACUUUACCAGCCCAGAAGAGAGAGUACUCCCCUACCUCCUGUGGCUCUGAUAGCAGGACAUCUGAGGGGAGGAGAGGGAGCAGUGAGCCACCAGUGAUCCUCAUCCGGCGGAGCAGCAGUCCAUCUGAGACAGAGUGCAACACUGAGGGACAUACGAACUACACAAGACCCAAGCUCAGAGAGAAAAGUGAAAGUAUAAGCAGUGAGACGUCCAAUGGCUGCCUCAAUGAAGCUGAGGUUACCUGGCAGGCCUUUGAUGAGGAGGCUGACACUCAGUCCACACAGUCAGCCCACAUGGAUGUGACAGCUGACCCCCAGAGCCAGGGGAGUCUUCUGCUCAGUCACAAUGAGGCUCUAGCAGGUCCUGCGUGUGCCCACCCUCCCCACUCUGCACCCCCGUCCCACCACCACAACCACUACCACUAUCCCCAGAACCCGCCCGCCUCUCCAGCCCUGCUGGUGCACACAGAGUGCCCACGGGACUGCCCCCUGGAUGACACCAUGCAUCAGUCUGUCUUACACAUGCCUCACCACUUGGACAGUAGUGAGUGUCUGGCUGAUGAUGUCAGCAUCAUUGCGGGUGGGACCUUGACUGGUUGGCAUGCUGAUUCAGCCUUCGUCUUGUGGAGGAGGAUUUUGGGUAUCCUUGGAGAUGUCAACAACAUCCGUUGCCCCAAAAUCCACGCCAAGGUCUUCUCCUAUCUCUAUGAGCUCUGGCACAAGCUCUGCAAGAUCCGGGACAAUCUUGGGAUCAGUGUUGACAACCAGUCCUCUCCUCCCCAGCCUGCCUUCAUCCCUCCAAUUCGAAUGCUGGCCUCCUGGCUCUUUCGGGCCACCAUGCUGUCCGCUGAGUACAAGGCUGGCAAGCUGCAGGCCUACAAGCUGAUCUGUGAGAUGAUGACCAGGCACCAGGAUGUGCUCCCCAACCGUGAAUUUAUGGUGCACCUCUACCACAUCAUGCAUAAGGGCAUUAGCAGUGAUGACCAGGAUGUUUUGAACACCAUCAUCCGUUCCUGCUCCCCACGCUUCUUCUUCCUCGGCCUGCCGGGCUUCACCAUGCUCAUUGGAGAUUUCAUCACUGCUGCUUCCUGCGUUCUCAGCUCGGCCUCCUUAGAGGCUCCAAGGAUGGAGGCUCAGACUAUGCUGGGCUCCCUUGUGUGUUUGCCCAACCUUUACGUCCAGAUUCCCAUACUGCAGCGAGUCUCUGGCUCUGAUGACAUCAUUGUAAGCAAUGAGGAUAUCAAAGAUUAUCUGGUCAACAUCCUGUUAGAGACGGCAACAAAGGAACACUGUGAAGGGGCCAGGUGCAUCGCUGUAUGCAGUCUUGGUCUGUGGGUGUGUGAGGAGCUGAUGCAAAAGAACAUCCACCCCCAGGUCAAAGAUGCUAUCAAUGUUCUGGGUGUAACACUAAAGUUUGGGAACAAAGCAGUGGCUCAAGCAGCCUGUGAUGUAUUUCAGCUGCUCAUCUCCCAUUGGGAACAUCUCCAGAGAUUGGAGCCCACUCUGCCUAAGAAAAUCAUUGAGAUCUUUGUGGCCACAAUAGCCUUUUUGUUGCCGAGCGCAGAGCACUCAACAGUGGAAGCAGACAAAAAGUUGAUGGUGUCACUGCUGCUCUGCUUGUUGGACUGGUGCAUGGCUGUUCCCCUGAGUUUGCUGCUGGAACCCAUCACCAUGCCUUUGCUGGAGGGCUGCACAUCCCACAGGGCCCCGCUGCUGGACUACAUCUACAGGGUGCUGCACUGCUGUGUGUCUGGCUCCACCCUGCACACCCAGCAGAGCCACUACCUUCUCAGUCUGUCAGACUUGUCCUCUGACUAUGACCUCAUGUUGGGUCAGGUUAAGAGCUUUGAGCCACCACCCUCACAGACGACCACCACUGACUUCGGCAACUUGCUCACUGUAGCUGAGGAAAAGAGACGUCGGAACAUGGAGCUGAUUCCCCUGACAGCACGCAUGGUCAUGACGCACCUGGUGAACCAUCUGGGCCACCAUCCACUGAGCGGUGGCCCUGCCCUUCUCCACAGCCUAGUGAGCGAAAACCACGAUAACCCGUACGUGGAAUCAUCAGAGCUGUCCUCCGAGGUCUUCAAAAGCCCCAACCUGCAGCUGUUUGUCUUUAAUGACAGCACGCUGGUGUCCUACCUGCAGAUCCCAGCUGAGACCCCCACUGUCGGACAGCCCCCUCAGCCUUCCUCCCAAGUGCGUGUCAUUGUCCGCGACAUCUCGGGCAAAUAUUCAUGGGAUGGCGCAAUCCUCUACUGCACCACCCAGGAAGACUCUGUUAAUGCGGGAGUUUGUAAUGCAGUUGAUCGCCCUCUUUCUGCUACCACUACUGUCACUCACAGCAGAAACCAGGCCAACUCUCCAACAAAGGGACCGUACAAAAAUCAUUGUUCAGUCUUGGACUCCCUCUCUGACUGCUGCGAGGAGGAAGAGGUAGAUAUUCUGGAUAAGCUUUUGGAAGACCUGGGUCAUUGCAGCCCAGAAUGCCUGCCCCAGCCACAACUUAGACUCAACCAGCCAGCCCCCUCACCCCACGGCAUGAACCUCGAGCAAGAGAGCGCCAUCCUGGAGGCCAUUCAGCGUCAGACUGAGCAGGAGGAGGAGCAAGUAAGGAGAUGGGAUGCUGAUGUAAGCUUUCGGGCCGCCUGCCAGAGGGAACCCUCCCACAAGGAACCAAAAGCUCCUUUCUACUUCUGCCGGCUACUGCUUAAUGACCUUGGCAUGAACUCUUGGGACCGCAGGAAAAGUUUCCAUUUGUUGAAGAAAAACUCAAAACUCUUAAGGGAACUGAAGAACUUGGAUUCCAGGCAGUGUCGAGAGACACACAAGAUUGCUGUGUUCUACAUUGGAGAGGGCCAAGAGGACAAGUGCUCCAUUUUGUCUAAUAAUGCAGGCAGCCAGGCCUAUGAAGACUUUGUGUCUGGACUGGGAUGGGAGGUGGACCUGGCCACACAUUGCGGCUUCAUGGGUGGCCUCCAGAGAAAUGGCAGCACGGGUCUAACAGCUCCUUACUAUGCUACCUCCACCGUGGAAGCCAUCUUCCACGUCUCCACUCGUAUGCCAUCUGAUUCUGAUGACAGUCUCACCAAAAAGCUGCGUCACCUGGGAAAUGACGAGGUGCACAUAGUGUGGUCAGAGCACACAAGGGACUACCGACGUGGCAUCAUCCCAACUGACUUUGGAGACGUGCUAAUCAUCAUCUACCCAAUGAAGAACCACAUGUAUUUCAUCCAGAUCAUGAAGAAACCCCAGGUUCCUUUCUUUGGGCCUCUGUUUAACGGCGCCAUCAUCACUGGGGCACUGCUGCCAAGCUUGGUGCGGGCCACCUGUAUCAAUGCCAGCAGAGCUGUCAAGUCACGGCUGACUCUCUACCAGAGCUUCUAUGAGGAGCGGGCACUCUACCUGGAGGCCAUUGUUCAGAACCACAGAGAGGUCAUGACCUUUGAGGACUUUGCCUCGCAGGUCUUCUCCCCCUCUCCUGGUUAUCCGAUGAGUGGGACAGGCUCCUUCACCAGCAGCGCAAGCACCGACGCCGGAAACACCACAGGAGCAACAACGGACUCUGUUGACCAGGUUUCUCCCACAAUGCCCCGUGCCACAAAGAAUAGAGUUUCCGGAAAACUCCGCCGAUCAGCCAGUGCUAUAAGCAAAUCCUCCAACUGAGCUCUGCAACCCCGUCCCACUUCUGUCCCCCCCCCCACGAGUGCCGCCUUUAAUCUUUUCUCGAAGAACCUCACACACCCAGCCGCGACUGCAAGAUAAUUUCUUUAUUGUUUGUUGGUGUGUAUUGUUUUUCUUUGUUUUUUAUUUUGUUUCUACAAACAUGUCACUGGAGCAUAUUGCAAUUUUUAAUUUAAGUGGCGAUCGUUGAUUUCGUUGAUUUCGUUGAUACAUUUCCAUUUGUCAUGCUGCUUAACUGCUUAAUCGAGUCGGAUAUGUGACUAAGCUAUUUAUGGUCGUCCUGGUGGUUUCAGCUUAACAAUCAGUAACAUAGGAAGACUUGACUGAAAAGUCUUAAAGCAGCCUGUCAUAAAAAUGUCAUUUUCAUUCUCACUGUUUCUAUAUCUCAUCUAUCUCAACACUUAAUGUGGCGAAGCACUGAAUGACACAGCUGUAAAUGCUACAACUGCACAAACGAUUGGUAUCCAUUUCUACAUGUCUGCCUUUUUACCUCCUGCUGCAACUGUGUCAAAAAUACCACUUCAGUUUGGACCCUGUUGGUGGACCAUCUCCCUGUUUUUAAGAAGGAGCAAAGACUGAUGCACGGGGAACACCUCCCCACAGUGACCUGGACUCACUUCACCUCUUCACUGACUCCCUGUUGUAGGUGCAGUCAGAGGCUUUUUAUUGGACAAUCAAUGACGUGUUUCUAACUUGAGCUGAAUAUAGAUUUGUUUCCUUUUUUUUUAAUCACUCUAAUUUUCAUUUUUAAAUGAAUUCAAAUGGAUUGUGUCACAGUUUGAUUUAUGCAACUCUGCUGGAAUGAGAAAAGACUGCGUUGGUAAUUGUUUUCUGACGUUGUUAACAUGGGCUCAUGUCCGGUAAUUGAAUAAGUUCCUCCUGUCUCUUUCCUCUGCUAUCAGUUUCCCCUGUCCCACAAAGCUGAGGCAUCGACAUUCCUACGUUCCUGACCAACAUUUUGUUGUUUUCUUCGCAAUCACUGUCAUUGAUUAACUUGCAUUGAAUGUGUAUUUUCUGUUCUUGGUUGUAAAUUGCUUUAAGUUUUAUUUGCUAGAUGUAUAUAGAAAGGAGUAUUUGAUGAAUAAUUUUGCUGUUGUGUUGUGUUAUGUAUUCAUGUGCUGUUUAGAGGUAAAAUACCGCCAGAGCCUCAGGUGAAUCUUAUGAAUCUUAACUCCAUGCACUGUGUGUGUGUGUGUGUGUGUGUGUGUGUGUGUGUGUGUGUGUGUGUGUGUGUGUGUGUGUGUGUGUGUGUGUGUGUGUGUGUGUGUGUGUGUGUGUGUGUGUGUGGGCGCGUCUGUGUGUGUGUGUGUGUGUGUGUGCGCGUCUGUAUGUAUGUGUGAGUUUCUGAGGGAGCUUAUCACAGUGCCUGUGUAUUGUCUGUCCCCUGAGAUGCUGUCCCACAUCCACCCCGACUCCCCAUAAUCCAAUUUUAGUUUCUCUUUUUCAUUGUCUUGAGACAAACCAUGGAAACCCUGCAUCACAUGUCCUCGUUAGUGGUCUCGAGCAAGUGUUUUCCUCCCCUCGCCUCUGAAGGACUGUCACUGUGCUUCCCACAAUAAAAACAACAACAACAACAGAUGGAUUUUGGAAUCGCAGGGUUUUCUGUUUGGUCUUUAUUAUAGGUGGUGUGCUGCUCCGUCUGUGAAUCUGUGAAUGGAUACCGAGUGGCACCUCCUUUUUCCCAUGAUCCCGCUCUCCAUGUCGCCUCCUGGCUGAGGCCACACGAGGAGAUGGGUUUUGGUGGCAUGCCAGAGCUGAACUCUAACAGUCCUCCUAGCAACAGCCAGGCGGGCCAACCUGCCCUGCUCUGGUUGUCAUGGUAGCCAGGUGUCACCCCCCACCCCAACACACACAUACACACAUAUUCCACACUCACACCCUCUGAGGGCUCCACCCAAGCUGCAACACUAUCCCCAUCUGUUGCAUUACUACUAUGCCUUACUUUCUCCCCAUGCUGUCCUGUCAUUCUCACAUCUCGCCUCCUCCCUUUCUGUUUGUUCAUUCCCCGGAGCAGAAAAUGGGGAAUCCAAACAGUGGGGUCCAUUUUUGUGCGUUUCUUUUGAAGAAUGUAUAGCUAUAUAGGCCCGGAUCAACAUCUAUGGUUUUUUAUCCCCUCCCCUCCCCAAAGCCACUUGAAGGAACCACCCAGGAUGCUGAUCUAAAGAUUGUAGGUUAUAGAUGAUGUCUGUUUAAGGGGUCUGUGCUCCCCCUUUGGUGGCUUAGUUUGCUGGAGAUGUUAGUGUGGACCAAGAUAAGGAUUUUGUGUCUUAUAUACGUGAAGAAAAUGAGCUAGUGUUAGUCCUAGUAUGUUUUUUUGUUUGUUUGUUUUUGUUUUUUGUUUUUUUUGCUUUUCUUCUCGUUUUAGAAAAAUCCUUGUACAUUGUGUCAAAUUUGAGGGCUUGGUCGCCCUCUGAUUAUAAAUAUAUUAAUGCCUGUAAUAUAAUCUUUGUAUAAGAGAAAGAGGGAAAAAAAAAAGCUUGAAGAUUUCAUCAUUACUUGUCAACAUAUCAAACUGUUUUUAACGACCGAAGUCCUGCUACCUUUAUUAGAAAUGUGAAAAUUGAGACAUUUCAUUAAAUCAAUUUGAAAUUCUGUG